AUGGUGCCAAAGCCACAGGGUCAGGCCGUGCAGUCGGUCACGCAUCGCCCUCUGCCCCCGCUCCACAAGCUCCGCAUCCGCCGCCCGAACAAGCCAGAGUCCAACCCGUGCCUGGGCGUCAUGUCAGCAGUAUUGGGUUGCUGGGCAUCGUCAGGAUACAGCGUGCAAGGCUGCGCGCAGUUUGAGCAGAAGCUGCGGCAAUGCAUGGAUCAGCCGCGCGACGUGAACCCGAAGAAGAACAACAUCAACUACCACCUGUCGAGAAUGUACCCCAAGAUCAUCGGCCCUCACAAGCGGAACUAG